GCGCUGGGCUCUACGUCCAGGGCCCUGAUCAUGACAGCGGGCGUACGACUCUAAGGUCAAGCCUGGCAGAGGCCAUCGACUACUACUUCGUGAAAGGACCUCGGAUGGAUGACGUCAUCGCCGGCUACCGCAGCAUCACAGGUGUGGCACCUUUGUAUGGAAAGUAUGCCUUUGGCUUCUGGCAGUGCCGAGAGCACUAUGCAAGCCAAGCAGAGCUUCUUGAGGCCGCCCAUGGCUUUCGAGACAGAUCCAUCCCAGUGGAUGCCAUCGUGCAGGACUGGCUGUACUGGGGUGAUCUCGGCUGGGGACCCGAGUGGGAUCUGACGCGCUACCCCGACCCUGCAGGCAUGGUCCAGGUGCUAAAGACCUUGGACAUGAAGCUCAUGGUCUCCGUUUGGGGCAAGUUCGACAACAAGACCGCCAUCUUCAAGGCGAUGAAGACAGCUGGGAUGGUGCUGGGCAACACCAACCAAACCAACAACAAUUGGUACGACGCAUGGAACCCAAACGCACAGACCCUGUACUACGAAUUCUGCAACAAAGCCCACUUCGCCAUCGGCGUGGAAAGCCUCUGGUUAGAUGCGACGGAACCCGAGGGCCUCCCGAACAUCGACCAGGAGACAUUCCUGGGCUCCGGGAACCAACUUAUGAACACCUUCUCCCUGGAAACCACAUCGGGAAUUGCAAAUGGAUUGCGGAAGGAUUACCCGACUGCUCAAGGUGCCCGCGUUUUCAGCUUGACGAGGAGCUCCUUCGCAGGUCAGCAGAAGACUGGAGCUGCCCUCUGGACUGGAGACACCACAGCGAGUUGGGACAUGCUUCGUCGGCAGGUGGCGAGUUCCAUCAACUACCCGAUGUCUGGCAUACCCUACUGGGCGCAGGACAUCGGUGGUUUCUUCCGACCCAAAGAUCAAUACACUUCUGAUGAUUAUCGCAGACUUAUGAUUCGCUGGUUUCAGUUCGGAGUCUUCACGCCAAUCUUCCGAGUCCACGGAGCGGGUACUCACACGGAGAUCUGGAAUUUCGGGAACACCACGAUGGACAUCGUCAACACGUCUGCUAUUACCCUGAGAUACCGGCUCCUGCCCUAUGUGUAUUCUGGGUUUUGGCGCGUCGAAGCGGAGGCCUACACGAUGCAGCGAGCUUUGGCCUUCGACUUUCCAGAAGAGGCAUCUUUGGGCAUUGCGGAUGCUUACAUGUUUGGACCCUCCCUGCUGGUGACUCCGAUUGUUUCCGCCGGCGACUCCGGCAAGGCGACUACAAGACAGAUUUAUUUCCCGCAAGGCAGCUGGAUUAAUUUCCACACCGGAGAGGCGUAUGGAGGAAUGCAGAAUGUCAGCUUCACUUUGCAGCAAGCUCCUUUCUUCUGCCAAAAGGGAUCCCUUUUGGUUCUUGGACCCAGCAUCCAGUCUACAUCUGACCCGAAUCCUGAUCUGGAAGUCCGCAUCUACCCCGGAGCAGAUUCAACCUUUGAAUUAUUUGAGGAUGACGGCUCGUCUACCAAAUACCGCGAGGGCAGCUACUCGACCAUAGUCUUUGCGUGGCAAGACAGCACCCAGACGCUCCGAAUUUCGAGCAGGAAGGGCGCUUACCCUGGCAUGCCGCAAGCCAGACGGAUCUGCACUGUAGUCGUUUCGCCUGGCCAUGGUGUAGGCGUUUUCCAAGGAACCUGUGAUCGGCAAGUUACGUAUGCUGGAGAGGAGAUCGCGAUUGAGUUCCAAAGUUUGGAUGUGGUGUAG